AUGGUGUCUCUUUUUAUUUUCUCCUACACCUUUCCUUUCCUUGUUUCCUUCUGCUUCACUAACAAAAAGAAAAGGGAACUGCUGCAUCGACCGGGAGUCGAACCCGGAUCGCGUGCUAUGGCACAGCCUUUUAUGGAAGGCACGCGUGCUACCGCUACACCAUCGAUGCAUUUGAUGUUAAAUUUAUCUGCUGAUUUUUUUAAGAAAAUCAGUCCCAAACAGCCAAAAAAAGACUGCGUCGACCGGGAGUCGAACCCGGAUCACGUGCUCUCGGCAGAUUGA